UCAAUGUCGCUCUGUGUUUAUGGGAAAUCGGUACAUCCGCAUACUUUUGUUUUUUAUACUAAAACGAUUUACAGGGAUACAACCAUGCGUUGGAAAUUUAACAAAUCUUGGGAAACGAAAAACAUUAUUCCCGACUUUCACAUACAAUAUUUGUAUAAAAGGUAUAGAGGUAAACUUUCAAAAUGGCUAAAGAUAGACUGGAGCUGUUUAAGCAAAAUCAUCCCCAAGAACUCGUCAAACUGAGCAGAAAUGAUAUCGGCGUUAUUGUUGGUUAUUUUUGUUUGGUUGUUCUCAUUGGAAUCUUUGCUAUGUGGAGAGCAAACAGGGGUACAGUAAGUGGAUAUUUCUUGGCUGGAAGAGCAAUGUAUUUUAUUCCGGUUGGUUUUUCACUAUUUGUCAGCAAUAUAGGAACAGAGCAUUUCAUUGGAUUGUCGGGAUCUGGAGCAGCCAAUGGUAUAAGUGUUGGAGCAUGGGAAUUCAAUGCUAUUCUGUUACUACAGCUGUUGGGAUUUGUAUUUAUACCAGUCUACAUAGCAUGUGGAACCGUGACUAUGCCAGAAUAUCUGUCAAAACGAUUUGGUGGAGUCAGACUCCGUGUAUAUUUUGCAGUGUUGUCUCUUGUCUUAUAUAUCUUUACAAAGUGCUCUGGCGAUUUAUUUACCGGUGCCUUGUUCAUUCAGCAGUCUCUCGGCUGGGAUUUGUACCUGAGCAUUUUCAUUCUCAUUGUUAUAACUGGCAUCAUUACAAUCGCAGGCGGUUUGACGGCUGUCAUUUAUACCGAUACUAUGCAGGCAAUCCUUAUGGUCGGAGGAGGCUUGACCCUUAUGGGCAUAUCAUUUAAUAAAAUUGGAGGAUAUGACGGCUUAGUUAGAAGAUACAUGUCGGAAGAAGCAAGUACGAAUGUUUCAUACAGACUUCCGAAUACAACUUGUCACGAGCCAGAUCCCAAUGCGUUCCGAAUGUUACGAGAAGCAGACGACGAUUACAUGCCAUGGCCAGGCUUUCUGCUAGGUCAGACUCCUGGUUCGAUAUGGUACUGGUGUGCAGACCAGGUUAUUGUUCAACGACUACUGGCAGCCAAAAGUGUUUCCCAUGCGCAAGGUGCGACACUACUAGCGGGAUUUAUUAAAAUAUUGCCAUUGUUUAUGAUGGUGAUGCCUGGAAUGAUCAGUCGUGUAUUAUAUGCAGAUGAAGUUGCUUGCGUGGAUCCUGAUAUAUGUUACCAUAUCUGUCAGAGCAAUGCUGGUUGUACUAAUAUAGCCUAUCCAAGACUUGUAUUAGGUUUGAUGCCAGAUGGAUUGAGGGGCUUAAUGAUGGCCGUCAUGGUUGCCGCCCUGAUGAGCGAUUUAGAUUCCAUCUUUAAUAGUGCAAGUACAUUGUUCACCAUCGAUAUCUAUAACAGAAUACGGAAGAACUCAUCAGUGAGGGAAGAUAUGAUCGUUGGCAGAAUAUUUAUCGUCGUUAUGAUUGGUGUGUCCAUUGCAUGGGUCCCAGUGAUUAAAGAAAUCCAAGGUGGUCAAAUAUUCAUCUAUAUACAAGAAAUAACAGACUACCUGGCCCCUCCAUUUGCUGCUGUUUUUCUUUUAGCUGUACUUGUUCCAAGAGUAAAUGAAAAGGGUGCGUUUUGGUCAUUGAUGAUAGCAUUGUUAACAGGAAUAAUUCGAAUGAUCUUGGUUUUCGUGUACCAUGACUCGGGGGGUUGUGACAAACCAGACAACAGACCUGACAUAUUAAAGAACUUCCAUUAUAUGUACUUUUCACUGUUCAUUACACUAAUGACAGGUGCUUUGGCCAUCAUCAUCAGUUUACUAACAGAACCACCAGCAGAUAGAUAUUUGUACAGAACAACAUUCUGGACAAGACACAGAAAUGAUCCUCCACCAGACUUAGAAGAUACACUUGGGGCAAAACAUUCACAAAUCAAUGUCGCCUAUACAGCCAAUGAACAGGAUAUUCAUCUCAGUGUGAACGGGAACAAAGAUCCUCAAGUCUUUACAGUAAAUCCUGGUGACCAGAGAAAGGUGUUCAGGGAUCCUGAUCUCGAUAAACAAGGAAGCGCAUCGGAUGACAUUUCGUGUGGAGAGAAGACUGUCAACUUACUUUGUGGAUUUGGAAAGGGAAAACAAGACGAAGAGCAAGCGAAAGCAUUAGAGGCGCACGUGAAAAAGGUUCAAUCUUUACAACAAGGCUCAGUUGCGAAAAUUGGACUACGAUUUGGAAUGGUUGUAAUUCUUGCAAUUGGAACAUUCCUGUACUUCUUCUGGUCGUAUUGGAGAUAUGAACCUUAAAUCUAUUUUAUUAUAUCAAAGAAAGAAAAAUGCACAUUUAGAUCAACUGAUCGUUAUUUUUUUAUCCUAAUUUCAGCAUAUAUGUUCAAAAGUAACAUUGUGCAUUCUGAAUACUGAAAUACCAAAUUGUCUGGAAAAUACAGAAAAAAGCUAUAUGUCUAUAUCUCAAAAAAAUAUCGUACAUUAAGAGUAAAGUGAUGAAUGUUAAUACACAAAAAGCAAAAAGUAUCAUUUCUUACCAUGCAUUUAUAUAGAAUAAUAAGGGUCACACAGAUUCAUUGGCGGAAGGCCUUUAGUAUGUUCGUCCUUCCACCACAAAUCGUUUCCACUUUCAUACUUUAAACCCCAUUGAAAUGAAUUUCUGAUGUUAAAAAAUCAAUUUCUAAUAUUAAUUCAUGAUUUUUUAAUAUUAGAAAUUCAUUUUUUAAUAUUAAGAAAUCAUUUUCUAAUAUUAAGAAAUCAUUUUCUAAUAUUACAAAUUCAUUUUUUAGUAUCAAGAAAUAGUGUUUUUCUUUUUUGAUAUUAGAAAUUCAUUUUUUGAUAUUAGAAAAUGAAUUCUUAAUAUUAAAAAAUGAAUUUCUAAUAUUAAAAAAUGAAUUUUCAAUAUCAAAAAAUGAUUUCUUAAUAUUAAAAGAUAACUCUUUUUGUCCACUUUGGCUUGCCAUAAAGUUGGGUAAUAUUGACAUGAUUAUUCAACACUGUUAAAAGGUGUUUCAUGUACAAGGAAGGAAAUCGUACAUUAAAAGUCAUGGACAAGAUCUUAGUUCAGUUAUGUCACACUGUCAUAUGUACAAACAUAAUAUUGACCUCCUUGAACUUUUAAGGAUGAACUAGAUGCACCUUAGCUAUAUUGAAAUGGAAAACCCUGAUUACUUCUACAAUUGCAUCGAUAUUUAUUUACUAAAAAUGAAAAUAAAAAAUGAGUAAUUAAUAAAAGAAUAUUUAGCUUCUUAAUUGAUUUCACGUUUUAAUGUAAGAAACAUCAUAACUUAUGGAACCCUAAAAUUCUUUUACCAAAUUUAAGGCAUAGAAACGAAAUAACAAGUAGAAUUUCUUACACUCGUGGAAAUUAUUCAUCAUUAUAAGGACUUAUUUCUGUGAUGAGGCUUUUAAUUGGAUAAAACAAAACCAGUGCGAAAUUAGUUUUGAUAGAAUGUGCAUUUUUGAAACCGAAACAUGCAUAUUAUUCAUUUACUUUAUAUACAGUCUGAAAUUUUAUUUAUUUAUUGGUGAUUAAUGUUUCUUGAAAAUUUUCCCUGAUCUUUUCAUAGAAUUAUGAUGCGAAUCUAAAGCGCAUUUAAAAAAAUCUUAUUACGACAAUACUUAGAUCUUUACAUCUACUUUAUUUGAACUUUGGUGGAUAGUUGGCUCAUCAGAAUUCAUACCACAUCUCCUUAUAUUAUAUAUUAUACAUGUAUCAAUAAUCACAUAAGGCAACGAGAUAUAUUGUAUUAAUUUGUACAAUGUAUAUAUGAAAUGACCAUGUUUUACAGUUAUUCUGUAAGUAUUUUGGAUAUAAAAUACAUACAUUGUAUAUACAUUUUUAAGUAGUUUUUUUCGAAUACCUUUACAUGUAUCGUCAUCCUUUGAUAACUAAUAAGAGAUUAUUAUUGAGAUUUAUAUACAUUUUACUCUACGUACGGGGAUUUUAAUUGGGUUUCUCUGGAUAUCCUUUGGUUUUUAUGUGUAGUUUGGUAGCUGUCUCCUUGAUUAAUAUCCCUAUAUUUUUUAUAUGUAUCUUAAUGUUUUUUUUUGUAUUAUAGAACUAUAGCUGAUGCCAAUUGUUAUUAUGUAUGUAUUCAUGAAUAAGUGAAUCUAUAAUAAUUACAUUUUCAUGUAUACUAAUCAUUACCCAAUGUGUCGCAUAUGUUUUAAUAAUAAACUCUUUGAAAAUAAA